ACCCACCAAAAGCGUCACAGAGCCAUUGCACCCCAGACGCGGCAGGCUCACCAGACACGAUGCAACCCACACGCUCCCGCAUGGGCCCGCCCAAAUAUGCGCCGCACCCAAACCACCCCAUCCACAUCCACCCGGUCAGGCCGCUAUACCGAUUCAUGGCAACGGGUCUCGGCGCGUCAAUGUGGUUCUUCUUGAUGUACCGCGCGAAGAAGGACGGCCCCGCGCUUUUGGGCUGGAAGCACCCAUGGGACCAUUGAACAAUGAAUGCAGGAGCAUUAGGCGUGUAGAGAGAGCUUAGAAGAUAUGAACACGAGGCAUGCUCAAUCGCACAGAUAACGGAGUGCUGGAGAUAGAUACCACGCCCAGUGGCUGCAAUGUCCCGUGUGGACAGCGCCAGGAAGUUCGGAUCAAUGCAAAAUAGAGCAAUCGCGUCAGAUGCAGUUUUUUA